GAGAGAAAGGGUAAGGGUGACACUGAGAAGAGAACAUUAGUUAGUGAGAAGAAGAAGAAGAAGAAGAAGAAAAAGAAUAAUAAGAAGAAGAAGUGAACCAUAAACCCUUCUUCUGUUCCUUCUCAACGCAAAACUUAACCCUUCCUGAUAUUUCUUCGCUUAUGGCCACCGUCGACCCAAUCCAGAAUGGCACCGAUCAUUCCUCCGCCGCCGAACCACCCUCCACCACCGCUGCCUCCGACGACGCCAACCCCUCACCGGAUGCCGCUGCAGCCGAGAAGAGGUGGCCCGGUUGGCCCGGCCACUGCGUUUUCCGCCUCAUCGUUCCUGUCCUCAAGGUCGGUAGCAUCAUUGGUCGCAAGGGAGAGCUCAUCAAGAAGACCUGCGAAGAGACUCGAGCUCGCAUUCGCGUUCUCGACGGCGCCGUCGGCACUCCCGAUCGAAUCGUACUCAUAUCAGGGAAGGAAGAGCUGGAGGCACCUCUUUCUCCUGCAAUGGAUGCUGUUAUAAAGGUUUUUAAACGUGUCUCGGGAUUAUCUGAAAUUGAUGGUGAGAAUAAAGCAUCAGGGGUUGCAUUUUGUUCCAUCCGUUUAUUGGUGGCCUCAACGCAGGCUAUCAAUUUGAUUGGAAAGCAGGGCUCAUUAAUUAAAUCUAUACAGGAAAAUACUGGUGCUUCUGUUAGAGUAUUGUCAGGAGAUGAGAUUCCAUUUUAUGCUGCUGCCGAUGAGAGGAUUGUAGAACUGCAGGGAGAAGCCUUGAAGGUCCUUAAGGCUCUAGAAGCUGUAGUUGGGCACCUGAGGAAGUUUUUAGUUGAUCACAGUGUUCUUCCCUUAUUUGAGAGAACUUACAAUGCAACAAUCUCCCAAGAGCGCCAAGCAGAUACCUGGGUUGACAAACCAUCACUGCAUAGUGCUUCUCAACCUAGCAUUGUUGGUGAUAUUCCUCUUUCAACAAAAAGGGAUUCUCUCUUUGUUGACCGUGAAAGUCAAUUGGAUUCAUUGCUCCCUCCCUCCACGAUGUCACUAUAUGGGCAAGAUUCUUCACUUUCUGGUCUUCGAUCUUCGGCUAUUAGUCGCCCCAGUGCUCCUAUUGUUACCACGGUAAUACAAACAAUGCAAAUACCCCUGUCCUAUGCAGAGGACAUCAUUGGUAUACAGGGGACUAACAUAGAUUACAUUCGCCGUACUAGUGGAGCCAUAUUGACUGUGCAGGAGAGCAGGGUACCUGAUGAAAUCAUUGUGGAAAUAAAAGGCACCUCAUCUCAGGUUCAAACAGCACAACAAUUGAUUCAGGAAGUUAUAAGCAGUCACAAAGAAUCUGUCUCUAGUAAUUACAGCAGGUUAGAUACAGGGCUGAGGUCUUCUUACUCUCAGUUGGGCAGUUCAUCAUAUUCCUCAUCUUCCUUGUCAUCACAACCUUAUAGCGGGUAUGGAUCUUCUGGCCUAGGAGGCUAUAGUACUUUCAGACUUUGAAUUAGUCUCUCUAUGUUCAACGAUGACUUCAUUUUGAGCCAAAUUGUUCUAAUGGAGUCUCGUUGGAGAGAUAUAAUGCUGGAAUGUAUUAUGAAACCCCACUACAAUCACGUUUUCUUUUUUUGUUACCAUGUAAUUGGGUAAUUUUGGAUGUGGUUAAGAGUUGAAUAGUGCCAUAGAAAAUGUAAUGAAAUAUUUAACCAUUUUUUGAAUUUUUAGUUUUGUAGUGUAUAUGUGCAUUGAUUUAAAGCUUAUUCGCGGCAACAAUCGGGCUAUGAAACUAUAUUUUAUAUCUCUUCUGUGUUACUCUUUG